UGGGAGUUUGACCACCCCUAAAGAAAAAUUCCCGAAGGUCAGGAAUACUUCAUGAAAGACGAUGGAUUUCAAGUUCUGGAUCUUGGGGCACGUGGCACCAGUCAGACGAAUGGAAAUUCGCUGGAAGUGGUUAAUGACAAAACGAAUAUGAUCACAGAUUCGUCUGCAAGUUUUGCGGAAGAACGUACUGAUGGUUUGAGUCAAGGAAAAGACGUCUCAAGGUCAUAUUGGACCAUUAACGAGAUUUUUGUCCACAACAGAACCAUCAAAUCUUCUAACCUUUCAACUGUACCAUAUGAAAAUGGGACUGAAACACCUGACGGUAGCCUAUUAGGUACUUCAUCAGAAAGUUAUUUGAAAGAUAUCACAAAUAUUUAUAAUAAUUUACCCGCAAGUUUGUAUAAACAAUCAGAAAUAUCAACCGACCAAAUGUCUGAGCAACCAACGGGACAAAUGAUGAGUACGUGGACAAGAGACGAGGUCAAUUAUUCAGGAGAUUCGACGCGUGCGUCACUCAGACGAACACGUGAUCGAUCAACAGUGGAACACCAAAUGAAAACCUCAAAACAAGGAUCGUCCAGAAAUUUGGAUGAUACGACAACUGAUAAUUCAUCGAUAAUUUCAAGUGGGCGGGCCCAGAACAAGCCAUUCCAUGGUGACGAUGAGUUACCACACAUCCGAAUGAUUAGCGAUUUGACCGAAAAUGCAUCGGUAACUCAAGGUGGACAAUUGAUAACCAUUUCCGUUGAGAAUUCACCACGAACUCCAACUACUUCAGCCGGAAAAACUGCAGAGUCCUCUGUCACGUUAUUCAGAACUACAGCGAGACUUUCGAGCAUUGAGACGGGAACUUUAAAGAACUCUCCAGUAGAUACUCUCCAUUUCAUCCCAGUGGGGCACGAAGCCCGGAUAUAUUUGGCAGCCCCAUCUGGCGUACAAGUGACCAGGGUUACUGCAGUGGACCGUCGCAACCCGGAAUUCGCGAUAAGAUACUCUCUGGAUCCAACGAGAAACGACAGCCAAUUCUUCCAGAUUCACGCAGAAUCCGGCAAGAUCACAACAAAGAGAUACAUCACGAAAAACGCUGGAGAGUUCUACUUGUUGACGGUUGUGGCGACUUCCGGCAGAGAUACCAACGCGACAAUGAACUUGAUCAUCCGUGUUGCUGAAUACAAUCGAUACCCUCCUCAGUUCGAGAGAGCCAACUACACAGUUGAACUGGACAUUUUGACGUUGGUCCCCACUGACAUUUUGACAGUCAAAGCCGUGGACAGAGACACGCAACAAUACAACUCUGAGGUGUACUACAGCGUGAAGACGCCACAGGAUGUGGUGACCGUGAAUCAAACCACUGGCGUCGUGACGCUUCAUAAACGUUUGUCCGAGAAAUACAAAGAAUUGUCCUUCACCAUCUCCGCAAGAGAUGGGGGAUCCCCUCAGCGAACUGGGAGAACCAAACUGACCAUCACAAUUAAGAUAUUAUCAGCGCCAAGAGACGUGACAGUUGUUGCGACUGGCGACAGAUGGUGCCAGCUCUGCUGGAAGAGUCCACUCAGUGGACACGCGCUUGGCUACUCAAUAGCGGUGCAUGACAACGCGAGCUCAGUAUUUCGAAACGUCAGUGUUAGUGAGUUGGGAAGAAAGGACGCCAUGUUGUGUACUGCAGUAAAUGAUCUGCGCAAGUGGACGGACUACAGUGUCCAGGUGGCAGGCUGGAACGUGGACGAAGCAGGAAUAACGAGUGCCCCAAUUUCGUUUACGACGCGAGUAAAUCGAAGUUGUCAGAGCAUCAACUCCACUGAGUACACCUGCUCUUGUCUCAUGGGUUUCUAUGGCGACAACUGCUCUUUCUUCAACCCUUGCAACGGCUCAGAGCCGCCUUGCCAGAACGGAGGCACGUGCAAAAGUAACGAGAGUAACUUAUUUACGUGCGAGUGCCCCGACGGAUACUACGGCCCCUCGUGUGAGAACUUCAACCCCUGUUCACGGUCCCCAUGCCAGCACAAUUCCACGUGUUCAAAUGUGACGAGUUCUAAGUACAAGUGCAUUUGUAAACCAGGAUAUACAGGAAAUAUAUGCGAGAUAAACAUAAAUGAAUGCGAGCCUUAUCCAUGUCUGAACAUUGCCACGUGCAUCGACGGACUUGACAACUUCACGUGCGUGUGUGCCAAUGGAUUCGAAGGAAACCUGUGCCAGUUCAAUGUUGAUGAAUGUAAGGAAGAACCUUGUCAAAAUGGAGGAAUGUGUUUCGAUGAAAUUGGGUCGUAUCAGUGUCAAUGUCCCCCAGGAUACGAAGGGGCUCACUGCGAAAUCAACAUCGAUGACUGUCAGUCGAACCAAUGUGAAAAUAAUGGAACGUGUGUGGAUGGACUUGGAGAUUAUUUUUGUAACUGUCAGGCUGGAUUUGAAGGCGACUACUGCGAGGAUGAAACAAAUGAGUGCAUGGCGCGUCCUUGCCUGAACGGAGGAACCUGCACCGACGCAUUCAAUGACUUUUCUUGUGAGUGUCCGCCUGGAUACAAUGGCAAGCGCUGCGAGUGGGACGUUGAUCUUUGUCAAUCACAGCCGUGCAAAAAUAACGGAGAAUGCAUCGACUUGAUCGAUCACACCGAGUGCAGAUGCCUUCGGGGUUAUCGUGGAUCAUUCUGUGAAAUGAAAGUGCAAUGCCCUGGUGAAUUGUUGGAAACUGAUAGGGGAAGAUUCUUUUGGGAGCCAGUGGCUCACGGAAUGGUGUCCAGAUUGCCUUGCCCCUAUGGAAUAAGUACCAACUACACCGAGUACCUGGAAAAGCUGGCCCAUGAUUACGCACUGGGAUUGGGUCAACACCCGUUCCAUAACCCGACCGCGCAGACAUCACCGGAAGCGAAGAACGGAAAUGCACAUCGUGAAUUGAUUUCAGAUUUAAGAUAUCCAGGCCUGAGUGCAAACACAGAAUCUUCAAGGCUCUUGAAGAACUUGAACAAGGGGUACGAAAGCCACGUGAAACGUUUACUGAUGAGUCUGAAGAGCGACCCAGUGAAACUGCUCGCUUAUCUGAAAGACACGGAGUACAACCAAGUUCAUGAAAUCGCUGUGAGCACGCAACAGAGACUGAGGGAACUGAAACUUCGCAGCGACGAAGACGGCCGGCCCUUUGCAGUGAGAAGCUGCAUUCAACAGAGGGACGGCUCCGUGAUGUGGAAUUACAUGGACGACAACAUCUGUCGAGAUGAGCAUUCGACAAACGCUGAGCAGUGGAGCUUGGAGCUGGAGCAGCUCACUAAAGAUCCAGCUCAGAUAAAUGUUCAGAUCUUCAUAAAUGCAAGUGUUCAGAUAAAGAAGAUUCUGCAAUAUGCUCUGAUGGAUAGGAAGAUAGCGCACAGCAUGUUUGUUGUAAUCAGCAACAUGAUGGCCGUCAAUGACUCAGUGCUUGAGGAAUGCGACAAGAACGGAUUCGUAACGAGAGGCUUGGUCCAGGUCGUCGACACAUACGCCGCUGCAGCGAGACUGCCAUCUGAUGGGAGGCUUGUAAUAGUUUCUGAUAACGUGGCUUUGGAAGCAAGGGAGGUUUCUCCUAGUGAAUUUAGAGCCAUUGCGGAUGGCGUGUCGUAUUCGUCGCCAGAAAUCAAGAGCACGGACUCGUCAGUACUCGGCGAAAACGGUGAAGAUAUUUUUAUCAACAUUCCAAGAGAGGCGCUCGACAGAGCAUUACGGCAGCUACGCAGCGUUAGAGUCCAGUUUGUGUCGUACAGGAACAGCAAAUUCUUCCGACAAAACAAUAGCAUUUCAGGCUCCGUCGUGAGUUAUGGCGCAAAACAACGAGUGAUCUCGGCCUCCCUCUCCAACAUUACGAUAAGCAAUUUGACAGAAUUGCUGGUAUAUAACUUCCAAAACAAGAAUGGAAAUUCGAAACAAAUUUGUGUCUACUGGGAUGCUGAGAGUCAGGAAUGGCUGGAUAAUGGGAUAUUUACAAACCAGAGUAUGGACUGGAUCCAAUGCGAGUCGACGCACAUGACGGCGUUCUCGGUGCUUCUCGAUCCCAACAUGGGGCUACCCGUACCAGACAAACACAAACAUGUCCUGAGUGUCAUCAGCUACAUAGGCUCCGUAUGCAGUAUUAUUGGUCUCGUCCUAACAAUUCUCACUUAUUCAAUGUUCAGGUGCCUGAACCGCGAUCGAUCAGGGAAGAUUCUUCUGAAUCUGUGCAUUUCAUUGCUGCUGAUG